CGCGCGCGGCGCAGAGGCGGCAGGCGGGAGGGGCCAUUCGAGGUCGGGGAGCGGCGCCGUGGGAGGCCCAGCGGCCGGCUACCGGAGACAGGCGCUGGGCCGCGGAGCGCGCCUCUUGGGCUUCUCUCCCCGCUCCUGCGUUCCCCGUCCGCCGCCCCGAGAGGACCCGAGGAGGCAGGUGGCUUUCUAGAAGAUGACCAUAGAGGACCUUCCAGAUUUUCCAUUAGAAGGAAAUUCUCUGAUUGGAAGAUACCCAUUUUUAUUUCAAGGUUCCGAUACACCAGUUAUUUUUUCCAUUUCUGCAGCACCAAUGCCUUCAGACUGUGAGUUUUCUUUCUUUGAUCCUAAUGAUACAUCAUGCCAGGAAAUUCUCUUUGAUCCCAAGACUUCUGUAUCCGAAUUAUUUGCCAUUUUAAGACAAUGGGUUCCUCAGGUUCAGCAAAACAUUGACGUUAUUGGAAAUGAGAUUCUUAAGAGAGGUUGCAAUGUGAAUGACAGAGAUGGGUUGACAGAUAUGACUCUUUUACAUUAUACUUGCAAAUCUGGAGCUCAUGGUAUUGGUGAUGUCGAUACUGCUGUAAAAUUCGCAACUCAGCUUAUUGAUCUGGGAGCAGAUGUUAGUUUGCGAAGUCGCUGGACAAAUAUGAAUGCUUUGCAUUAUGCUGCUUAUUUUGAUGUCCCCGAGCUUAUAAGAGUGAUUUUGAAGACAUCUAAACCAAAAGAUGUGGAUGCCACUUGCAGUGACUUUAAUUUUGGAACAGCUCUGCAUAUUGCUGCAUAUAACUUGUGUGCGGGUACUGUGAAAUGCUUAUUGGAGCAUGGAGCAAAUCCUGCAUUUAGGAACGACAAAGGACAGAUCCCUGCAGAUGUUGUUCCAGACCCAGUUGAAAUGCCCUUAGAAAUGGCUGAUGCUGCGGCAACUGCCAAAGAAAUCAAGCAGAUGCUGCUGGAUGCGGUGCCUCUGUCAUGCGGUCUCUCAAAGCCCUUGCUUCCGAAUUAUGAUCGGGUUACCAGCAAGGCGAUGCUGACGUCACUUGGCCUGAAGUUGGGGGAUCGUGUUGUUAUUGCAGGACAGAAGGUUGGAACAUUAAGAUUUUGUGGAACAACUGAAUUUGCAAAUGGGCAAUGGGCUGGCAUUGAGUUGGAUGAACCAGAAGGAAAAAACAAUGGAAGUGUUGGCAAAGUCCAGUACUUUAAAUGUGCCCCCAAAUAUGGAAUUUUUGCACCUCUUUCAAAGAUUAGUAAAGCCAAAGAUCGAAAGAAGAAUAUAGCACACACUCCCUCUGCAAAAGCGGGACCUCUCGUCAGGUCCCAGAAAAUUGAUGUGGCUCAUGUGACAUCGAAAAUAAAUACUGGAUUAAUGACUUCAAAAAAAGAUAGUACUUCAGAAUCAACACUUUCAUUGCCUCCUGGUGAAGAAUUGAAAACUGGAACAGAGAAAGAUGUUACCCUGCUGGGAUCCGUCAGCAGCUCCUCCUCUGCAUCUUCCUUGGAGCCCAAACAGAGCCAGCCCACGAAACUGAGUGCACGUGGCAAUAACAAGAAGACAAUGAGCAAAAGCCCUUCUGUCUCGUCUAGAGCCAGUGCUGGUUUGAAUUCCUCAGCAACAUCUAUAGCAAAUAGUACAAGUUGUGAAGGAGAACUCCGCCUUGGAGAUAGGGUGUUGGUGGUAGGCCAGAGAAUUGGAACCAUUAAGUUCUUUGGGACAACAAACUUUGCUCCAGGCUAUUGGUAUGGAAUAGAGCUUGAGAAACCCCACGGCAAGAAUGAUGGUUCAGUUGGAGGUGUGCAGUAUUUUAGUUGUUCCCCAAGAUAUGGAAUAUUUGCUCCCCCAUCCAGGGUUCAAAGAGUAACAGACUCCUUGGAUACGCUUUCAGAAAUUUCUUCAAAUAAACAGAAUCAUUCUUAUCCUGGUUUUAGGAGAAGUUUCAGUACAACUUCUGCUUCCUCCCAAAAAGAGAUUAACAGAAGAAAUGCUUUUGCCAAGUCCAAGCCCGCGCUGCGCCGCAGCUGGAGCAGCAGCACCACGGGCGGCCUGGAGGGGCGCGUGAAGCUGCACGAGGGCUCCCAGGUCCUCCUCACCAGCUCCAACGAGAUGGGCACCGUCAGGUACGUGGGCCCCACGGACUUUGCCUCCGGAAUCUGGCUCGGACUGGAGCUUCGCAGCGCCAAGGGGAAGAAUGACGGGGCCGUGGGAGACAAGCGCUACUUCACCUGCAAGCCCAACCACGGCGUCCUCGUCAGGCCGAGCCGGGUGACCUACCGCGGAAUAAACGGGGCAAAGCUCGUGGACGAGAACUGCUGAGUUUAACUUCUGCCGUAUCGAGUGAGCUCACGCACACGCUCAGACAUAAUAUAUACAUAUAUAAUAUACACAGUAUAAGAUAAAGAGUCCAUGACAGUUUAUUUAGCCAUUAUUUAGAAUUUCAAAACACGGUUAUCUUCAUAAAAACCAUUACAACAAUGCAGAGAGACUCCUUUAAAAAGCUAGAGGAACUGUGGGACGCACAGUCCUCUUAAACCAAUUUCAAAAUAAGCCUUUUUUUUUUAAAUUUUUUUUAAAGCUUUAGACCCAAGAAAAAUUCUGAGACUUGGGGCAAAAUGUGCCAUUAGGUGACUGGCCGAUGUUGCUGACUCUGUCUCGUUUUUGCAGAGAAGGGUGGAUUUUUCAUGCGCCAUAACGGUGAAGAUUUUCACUAACUUUGGGGAACCUACGGUGUUCUCAUGACCUUUCCUGUCAAGUGUUUUCAGAGCUUUCCUUUCUCUUUCUGUACCAACGAGUCGGUGAGCUGUCUGCCUGGGGCAAGUUUUCUGGUGGGGGUAAAGGUAUUUGCCCCGAAUGCCCCCCCUGCGGGCGCGUCACAGCCGGGAGGGGACCGGGCCCCAGCGGCUCCAGAGCUCAGCCUCCCGCCUGCCGCCAGUGGCCGAAGCUCCUCUUCUUACCCCGGGCACGGGCACGGACUGGUUGGCUAUCCGAGCGGAGGCUAGAACAGGGUCUCCCGACCUUGGCUUGGGCUCUUUCCUCUCCACAGAGGGUGUCGUCUCAGAUUUUUCUUCUGUUUUGGUGACUUCCUCAUCCAGGUGGAAGUCAGAAACUCAGUUUCCAGGGUUAUGAAUUCGAGUCAUGAUUAGAACUUUUUGCACCUUAUUGAUUUAACUUCCUUACUGGACAUAGCUAUAAAACACACACAUAGGAAGCACUUUGAAAAGAAAACAUAAUGCACUUUCCUCUUUGUGGAGAAUUUGCCAUCAUCUCCUCCUGGGAUAUGAAACACAUUAAAAACAUUAUAUUUAGGACACAAGAGCAAAUGAAGAUGUGUUAAGAAGAAUGUAGUAGUAAUUUAUUUAAAUGUUUAUGGGUUCUCAAUUUUUUCUUUUAUUAUUCAUAAAGCUGGUGUGUGUUUGCUAUCAUUGCUGUUCUCAUAUCUUUAAUUGUUGCAGAAUUCAGCCUGUUAAAAAGUUGCAGAACUGUACUAUGUUGUUAUUUUCUUUUUGAGCGCACGUUAACAAACUGAGCUUUGUCAUAAUAGAGCGAUGUAAUAAUGCAGGCGGUUGUGCUGUGGGUAUGUAUUGAAGUUUAUGCCUAUAUAUAUAAAGAUUUAUCUUUUAUUAUAGAUAUUUAGACUCUAAACCACCAUAGAAAUAUCAGAACAGUUUGCUUUAUAAGAUUAAAGGCAUCCUUCAGAAUGGAGCUUGCUUUGUGCUUAGAAAUAAUACAUUGAACUAUUUUGCAGUAUACUAUUUAAAAUCUAAACUCCGUUGCUUUGCUGCCUUUUUUAAAAAGUGUGAAAUUUCAAAUAUUACUAGAGCUAUUUUCCUGAAAUACAUUUGCAAAAUAAGGCUGCUUUAUAAUUAAGGAAUAUUUUUGAUUGAAGAAAAUGACUGUACUGUGUUUCAAAAGUAAACUUAUUUUAUUAUACAGUUUAUUUCUUAAAAACUCUAUUUAUACGUUACCAUGAAAUCCAUGACUACACUGAAGCUGGGGGUCCGUAAUUCUUCCUGUUAAAUAUAAAACCCUGUAAGUUAGAAACAGUAAUGCCAACAGUGAAUUUAUUUUGAGGUCAGAGAACCGCUUGUUCUCAUGUUUAGAUUAGAAUCAUUAAAUCCAUGUACUGUGUAUGUCUACAUACACUGUAUGUCAAAUGAGGUGUUUCCAUUUGUGUUUUGCUUACGUCAUUCAAAGAUCACUUCUUGAGCAUUAACAAUAAAAAGGGACGCUGUUUUGGUUUGGAAUGUUGUCAUCGACCUGCCUGCAACUCUCCUUUUCUCAAGCACUCAGAGCACACAUGCUUUUGUAUUUAGCUUUUUUUUUUUUUUCUUACAGUGAUGAGUUGGCUUUGUCUCAUCCCUCUAUGUAGAGUCUUAAAGGCACCCUGCUUCUAUUCCGCAAAUAAAGUGAUGUUUUCAGGCA